GAGCCGCAGCACAGACAAGGAAGACAGUUUCCAAGUUCUUCUGAACACUCUGGAAGAUGGUGUUCUAAAAGACAUGUGCAUUUCAUUUCAUGUGAUAGGAGAGCUCUUUUCUGAACAUUAAAAUUCAAAUUGCAAUAAAAAAAAAAAUGAAUGAAGACAUUAAAAGGGAGAUUGCUAUUUUAAGAAGCCUGUCGUGAUCCUUUUACAAAGCAACCAUUCCCUACAAGGUAAGCUUCGUUAAGGAUCUGUUUAGACUGUGGCUUAGUCCUUUUGAAAAAUGUAGCUUGCAUUAAGUUUAUAGUUAACCUUGACUCCCCACCCCGCCCCAUGCUAACCCAGCCAGUGGUUCUCAUCCUGUAGAUGACAGUAAUUAAUGUGUUUUCUUCUGAAAUUCUAUUUUAGCUUUUCCUCUUCUAACUCCCCCUCUUUGGGAUGGUUAUUUUCCCUACUUUAUUGAGAUAACUUAAAAUAUGGUUUCUUUUUUCAGAGAUAUUAGUAGUAUUUCCUCUGGCUCAGCACAAUCUGCAGCUUUAAUCUCUGCUGACGGGCUGCUGGGGACCUGCCUCCCCCAGAGACACAGGGAAGGAAAGCUGAGCUCCCCAGCCAGUAGCUCCCGAGUGAAGGACCUGAUGCCCAGAACCCUGGACGGGCAGAUCACCAUGGAGAAGACGCCCAGCUACUUCGUGACGCGGGAGGCGCCCGCGCGCAUCUCGGCCAUGUGCAAGGACACCAAGCUGAUCGUGGUGGUGCGCGACCCGGUGACCAGGGCCGUCUCGGACUACACGCAGACGCUGUCCAAGCGGCCCGACAUCCCGCCCUUCGAGAGCCUGACGUUCCGCAACCGCAGCGCGGGCCUGGUGGACGCGUCCUGGAGCGCCAUCCAGAUCGGCCUCUACGCCAAGCACCUGGAGCGCUGGCUGCGCCACUUCCCGCGGCGCCAGCUGCUCUUCGUGAGCGGCGAGCGGCUGGUGGGCGACCCGGCCGGCGAGCUGGGCCGCGUGCAGGACUUCCUGGGGCUCAAGCGCAUCAUCACCGACAAGCACUUCUACUUCAACAAGACCAAGGGCUUCCCCUGCCUGAAGAAGGCCGAGGGCAGCGGCCGGCCGCACUGCCUGGGCAAGACCAAGGGCCGGCCGCACCCCGCCAUCGACCGCGCGGUGCUGCAGCGGCUGCGCGACUUCUACCGGCCCUUCAACCGCAAGUUCUACCAGAUGACCGGGCACGACUUCGGCUGGGACUGAGGGCGCUGUAAUUUAAAAAAGAGAAAAUCAGAUAUAAUAUAUUUUUUUACCGAUCGGUAGAGAAAAGGCAGGUUUAAUAUUUGUGCUGGAGAUAUUUCUCUCGGUAGUUUUUUCCCCCCCGAUGAAUGUUAAGGCGGCCUGGGCCCCACCUUCGCCGCCCCGUCCUCACCUUUAGCUCACACCGGACGGUUGGAUAAACAAAGAAGGAAAACUGUACUCGUCUGAAUACUUCCACUUGUUAAUUUUUAUGUUAUGUUUUACGGACAUCAUUAUAAAGAAAGAGUAUCCAUUGCCGUUAAAACUUUUUUUUUUUUUUAAUAUAUCUUUAUUGAUUUCCGAGAGAGGAAAGG